GCAGCAACGCUUGCAAGAAUGGAAAUGUCUUCAGAGGAUGCAAAAGUAUGGGGAGCUAAGAGAAAUUUGUGGAGAGCAGUAUGUAAAGGAAGUUACAAAUGCUCCAGAGGACAUUUGGGUUGUAAUUCAUCUUUAUCGGUCAAGCAUCCCAAUGUGUUUACUGCUGAAUGAACAUCUCGGCCUGCUAGCUAGAAAGUUUCCAGAAGUCAAGUUUCUCAAAGCCGUUGCAAACAGCUGCAUUGAAAAUUACCAUGACAGAUGUUUACCCACAAUACUUGUAUAUAAGUCUGGUGAAAUAAAAGGCAGGUUCAUUGGAGUAGCUGAAUGUGGAGGAAUGUAUCUUAAAGUGGAAGAGCUGGAAUGGAAACUAGCAGAAGUUGGAGCAAUAGCAACCAACUUAGAAGAAAACCCCAAAAAGGACAUUCCAAAUAUGAUGACGCUGUUAGUGCAUGAUGUUUCUGCUCAUAAAGACACCAAUACAAAAAGCAAUGAUGUGAUGAAACCACGUAUUACUUGA